AUGAGUGAUAUCGAAUCCGAAUCAUCUAAUAAAAAACAUUCUUUAAUAAAUUCUGAUACUUUGAUCGAUGAUUACAGAAAACGGCUUCUAACACCAGCAGAUAUGUAUCUGAAAAAAAAGAAAACCACUCAUACAAGCGUUUAUGUUAAACGAAUUGAUAAUAAAGAAUUAUUUCCUCCAACCGUUUCACCAGUAACAACAAAGUCAAAAACAUAUAAUCCAGUUGAAUGGAAAUCUUUAAAUCAAUCACUGCUAAAUGCAAAAAGACAACAUAAAAUUAACCAAGACUGGGCAGAAGAUAAAGAUAAUGAAAUAAAUAAAUUGAUCAAACUAUCUAUUCCCGAUGGAUGUAGCACAGAAAUAUCACGUUGGAGGAAGGCUUUCAAUUUGGUUGUGCUUGUAAUAGAAAGUAAAGAUAUUUGUCUUGAAGAUUUUCUUGAAGAAAUAAGAGAUUUGAAUUUUACAUUUAAUUAUCUUCAAGAAGUUGAUCCAGCGGAUUUUAAGACUUUACUUGAAAAAAUA